GAAGUCUCGCCACGGUUGGUUUCUCGUAACGACAUGUAAACAACACUCGACUGCAUACAGCUAGUUAUCGCAUUAUCACGGAUAAAUCCCACAAUAUCUCAAGCUUAUCACCCUGUGAAAGCUUUGCAAGCAAUCAGAUGGAAUCCAGUAGUAGUCAGUACUCUCUCGGAUACAAUAUGAAUACAGCCACUUUAUCGUAAUAAUAGAGAAUUAUGACUUCUAAAUCAACGCCCGGUGCUGGAGACAAGAGCGACGAUGAGGAGAAUGAAAACGGCACCGCGGCCGCCGCGACCGGGGGAGUUCUAUUUUAUGUCAAUAAAGACGGCUUUCCCAUGACCCACCAAACAUGCGAGAAAAUGUUUAAUCACUGUGCGAGGAUUCAUCCAGAUAGAGAAAAGAUGGUCGACAAAAUUCAAGGGAGUAAAAACUUACCUAAGGUUCCAGUCCCUUCGGCUCCUGCUGUGCACCUUUACCAGUCUGUUGGAGCAAGAUUAGAAGCUAUCCAGGACUAUAUGAAAGAAUUGCAAUACAACCAUACUGGUAUGCAGUUUUAUGAGAUAAAAAAGAACAGGCCACUAUCUGGGUUAAUGGAUUCUGCCAAAGAAAUGAUCAGGGAGUCACUUCCCAUCAAGUGUCUUGAAGCAGUCAUUCUAGGAAUUUAUUUGACCAAUGGUACCCCGGGAUUAGAGCGGUUUCCGAUCAGCUUUAAGACUCAAUUUCAUGGUAACAUUCACCGACAUGUGGUACUUGGUUUGGUUCACAACUCACGGUAUGGUGCUCUUGGUAUGAGCAGGAGAGACGAUCUCAUGGAUAAACCUCUAGAAUUCAAGUCAUUAUCUGAGCUGAUAUUCAGCUAUCAAGAUGCGUAUAAGAAAUAUUGGCAUGUAGUGAAGAAAUUGAAGGUUGGAUUACCAAUAGCACAUGAUCCACAUAGCUUUGAACAGAUACAUUGGCGGCAUCUCUCUCUGAAUAUGUGGAAGAUGAGCCAUUCUGAAGCAAGCAAGGAGAUUGACAAAUAUGCCAAAGAUAUGAGAGCAUGUUACAAGUCAAGUCGCUCUGGACAGUCUAGCUAUCAGUUUGUCCAGGAGACCAACCCCUACAACUCACCUCGAAGGAAUCCUGUUCCUAGCAGCACUCCUAGGGUUAAUAGAUCAUCGUCUCCUAUCGUUGUCAGGGCAACGCAAGCAGGAGCUGAUGGAAGUGAUGAUGAUGGACCAGUAGUUGAGAAGAGGUUAACAGGUGGAGGAUACGAAAUUAGAAUAUGAAGCAGAGUCUGUAACUUUUUGUAAUUUAUUCCUGUGCAUUACAUUUAUUUUAUUCAUGAUAAGUAUAAGGUAGACACAUGGUGUAGAGAUUUAAAGAUAUUGUUAUGUUAUAGAUCUUGUAUUUGUUGGUAGAUUGAUUAACAGUUUACCUAGAAAUGAAAAACAAAGACAUUCUAUAGCUGGAAGAAAAUAUCAUUUCAAAGAUGAAGGUAUAUGUUUUCAUAAUACAAUGUAUGUGACAUGUAGUAGGAGAGAGGGAGGGUAGGUCAGAGAGAGAGAGAGAGAUAUAGAGAUUAUAAAGGAAUGAAUGAGAGGAAGUAAAAGAUGGAAGAAGGUAAAAACCUGAAAAGAGAGAUGUAGUGAGGGAGAAGAGAGUGACAGACAGAGACAUAUUAUUAGAGAAGAUAGAAGAAGAGAGAGAGAGAGAGAGAGAGACAGCAGAGACGGAGACUGAUAUGCAUCAAUAGAUAUAUGUUUAAAUUUGUAUUAAAUAUCAUGCUAAAAGUAACCUUUUUGUUUCUUUCCAAUGAUCUUAAUGUUAUUAAACUCAUGCAUCUAAUUAAAUAUUGCAUGGGUCCAUAUGUAUGUCUUUCAAGCUCAAAGCCACUUCGU